CUAUACCUCCUCAGAUCGUUCAGUUCCCGGACGACAUGAAGAUCCUGGCAGGAGAGAAGGUGGAAAUUCUCUGUAAGUUUGGAGGCGCUCCGCCAAUCAACUGCACCUGGCUCAAGUUCCGCAAACCAGUAAGGACCAGUCUGUACCAGUCCACCCCUUUAUGUAUUGAAUAUACACUGCUCAAAAAAAUAAAGGGAACACUUAAACAACACAAUGUAACUCCAAGUCAAUCACACGUCUGUGAAAUCAAACUGUCCACUUAGGAAGCAACACUGAUUGACAAUACAUUUCACAUGCUGUUGUGCAAAUGGAAUAGACAACAGGUGGAAAUUAUAGGCAAUUAGCAAGACACCCCCAAUAAAGGACUGGUUUUGCAGGUGGUGACCACAGACCACUUCUCAGUUCCUAUGCUUCCUGGCUGAUGUUUUGGUCACUUUUGAAUGCUGGCGGUGCUUUCACUCUAGUGGUAGCAUGAGACGGAGUCUACAACCCACACAAGUGGCUCAGGUAGUGCAGCUCAUCCAGGAUGGCACAUCAAUGCGAGCUGUGGCAAGAAGGUUUGCUGUGUUUGUCAGCGUAGUGUCCAGAGCAUGGAGGAGCUACCAGGAGACAGGCCAGUACAUCAGGAGACGUGGAGGAGGCCGUAGGAGGGCAACAACCCAGCAGCAGGACCGCUACCUCCGCCUUUGUGCAAGGAGGAGCAGGAGGAGCACUGCCAGAGCCCUGCAAAAUGACCUCCAGCAGGCCACAAAUGUGCAUGUGUCUGCUCAAACGGUCAGAAACAGACUCCAUGAGGGUGGUAUGAGGGCCUGACGUCCACAAGUGGGGGUUGUGCUUACAGCCCAACACCGUGCAGGACGUUUGGCAUUUGCCAGAGAACACCAAGAUUGGCAAAUUCGCCACUGGCGCCCUGUGCUCUUCACAGAUGAAAGCAGGUUCACACUGAGCACAUGUGACAGACGUGACAGUCUGGAGACGCCGUGGAGAACGUUCUGCUGCCUGCAACAUCCUCCAGCAUGACCGGUUUGGCGGUGGGUCAGUCAUGGUGUGGGGUGGCAUUUCUUUGGGGGGCCGCACAGCCCUCCAUGUGCUCGCCAGAGGUAGCCUGACUGCCAUUAGGUACCAAGAUGAGAUCCUCAGACCCCUUGUGAGACCAAAUGCUGGUGCGGUUGGCCCUGGGUUCCUCCUAAUGCAAGACAAUGCUAGACCUCAUGUGGCUGGAGUGUGUCAGCAGUUCCUGCAAGAGGAAGGCAUUGAUGCUAUGGACUGGCCCGCCCGUUCCCCAGACCUGAAUCCAAUUGAGAACAUCUGGGACAUCAUGUCUCGCUCCAUCCACCAAUGCCACGUUGCACCACAGACUGUCCAGGAGUUGGCGGAUGCUUUAGUCCAGGUCUGGGAGGAGAUCCCUCAGGAGACCAUCCGCCACCUCAUCAGGAGCAUGCCCAGGCGUUGUAGGGAGGUCAUACAGGCACGUGGAGGCCACCCACACUACUGAGCCUCAUUUUGACUUGUUUUAAGGACAUUACAUCAAAGUUGGAUCAGCCUGUAGUGUGGUUUUCCACUUUAAUUUUGAGGGUGACUCCAAAUCCAGACCUCCAUGGGUUGAUAAAUUUGAUUUCCAUUGAUAAUUUUUGUGUGAUGUUGUUGUCAGCACAUUCAACUAUGUAAAGGAAAAAGUAUUUAAUAAGAUUAUUUCAUUCAUUCAGAUCUAGGAUGUGUUAUUUUAGUGUUCCCUUUAUUUUUUUUAGCAUUGACUCUAUUGCUCUGCCCGUCUAUGAUCAACUCUAACCAUCAUCUGAAGUUAUCUACCAUGUCCACUUUCUAAUUAUUUAUAUAUAUAUUUUUAAUAACACUAUACUAACUCAAGGAUGUAGCUCCUUGAAUACUGUUUUAUCAAACAUUUCCUUCUCCGUGUAAUGACUGACCUUAUGGUGGUUUUGUCUGCAGAUCCAAGAGGUCAAAGGUGAUUUAACCAUUGAAACCACUGAGUCCAACAGUAAACUGACCAUCGCCGACAGCCAGCAGGAGCACUGUGGCUGCUACACCGUCGAGCUGCGAAACAACUACGGCGUGAGACAGGCUGCUCUCAACCUCACCGUUGUUGGUAUGUUCCAUUUAUCCAAAUCAGGCCGUAUUGAAUUUGGCCUGUAGGCGCUAGGCAGUGACGCCAUUUUUAGCUCCAUCAUUGAGAUUCACAAGACAACUAAGAGUCUUUCCCUGUGUAAAAUUAUAUUUACUAUAAUGCAUGAUUUAAAUUGCUCUGCUACCUGUAAUGUUUGUCUCUCGUAAAAAUGGCAGUCCUGUAGCUUUGGGGAAUGUUGUUGGGGAAGGGAAGGUACGCAGGCCGGCCAGCUCGAGCUCUCUAGAUCCUAACACUAACAAGCCACUGCAGGGAUCUCCAAUGGCCUUUUAAGGCUGUGCUUUCUCUUCAGCUGUUGCUUUAAUGAGCCCCUUUGCCACUUCUGUCAGAGUGGAGUGUAUCCAGCCUGACUCAGGGAAUAUGCAGCAGCCUGGGAGAAGAGUUAUUGAGCUGCUGUUUAUGUGCCCGGAAAACUGUUAAUAGCAUACAGAGACACAGCGCUUGUUAGACACUGGUAAAAGCAGCCCGCUACUUAGAUGUUUGUUAAUGUAUAUGAUCCUGAAGUUACUUUUACAACCUUGGACUGCAUGUAUGGUGUAUAGAGGUUUAGAAUUGAAUUGUUUCAUAUAAUUUGUGGCCCCUUUUGCAGUGACAUUGACUCGUCCCCCAUUGCAAGCCUGCUGGUGUCAAGCUGUGCUCUUUGGGGUGGAUUCGUUUGGUAUUUUACAAGGAGCACUGGGGAUUAAGUGGGGGUAUGCUUGUAACAGCUUGUGUAACAUGUCACCCACCCCUUCAACAAAGCAGGGAGAAUAAAGUGUACUGUAGCUAGCAGACAGUCUGGGGCAUAUCGUCUGACAUUGGCAGUACAUAAAACUGAUCCAGACUCCCUGUGUGGAGACUCCCUACCUCACUGCUCACUGAUCAUCUGCUCUUAAGUACGGUCUCCUGUACUGUGCCUUUAAUGGACACCCUGCCAUGACUGGAUAUGGUGAAACUGUUGUUGGCGAAUGGACUUGGUGGUUCAGAAGGUAGCCACUAUAGCCAGACAAUAUAUUUUUUCAUUACCAACAUGGCUGUGCUUUUGUGUGCAUGGUGACUACUGAGUACGGACAUUGGUGAAUGGAAGGUUUGUAUGUCCUUCCUGGAACUGUUAUCAUUUGAUCCUCCUGUCUCAGGUGGUUAAUCUUGCACAGCACAUUUAUCAGAUCCUGGGACUGGUAGUCCAAUCUGUCCAAACCUUCACGAGUCGACUAACUCAACCCGCAAACUCUAGGGCUGUGUCCCAAAUUGAACCCUAUUCUCUAUAUAGUGCACUACUUUUGACCAGGGCCCAUAGGUUUCUGGUCAAAAGUAAUGUACUAUAUAGGGAAUAGGGUUACAUUUGGGACUAAGCCUAGAGCAUGUUUCACAUCAAUGUAAACAUGGUUUUGUGUGGCUUGUUGAAAGGCCUAGUAUGGCGACUGAAAUGCAGCCCAUUUGGCACGGACCCAGACCAGUGUUCAGAACUCAGUGUUGACCUCUUGGGUGGCUCUGUGUGACCUCUGUGUAUUCCAGACAAACCUGAUCCCCCUGCACGUGUUCCAGCAGCCUCAGACAUCCGCCGCUCCACCCUCACGCUGUCAUGGUAUGGCCCCACCUACGAUGGGGGCAGCGCGGUCCAGUCCUACAACCUGGAGAUAUGGAAUUCUGUGGACAACGAGUGGAAGGAUCUGAUCUCCUGCAACAGCACCUUCUAUAAUGUUCACAAUCUGCUGGGUCAACGCCAGUACAAGUUCAGGGUGCGCGCUGUCAAUAUCUACGGUAUCGGCGAGCCCAGUGCCGAGUCUGAGCCUGUCACAAUGCUAGAGGAGGAUAUAGAGGGUGAGCUCCCCCUAGUGGGGUCUAUGGUGUACUACCACUCAUUGGUAACACUAUCAUCACACUCAUUGUUAACAAGCUGUUUUCUUUGACAUUGUCGGACAUUGAUUCAUACUAAUGAUUAUUAAUUCAUACUAAUGACUAACGACACAUUUUAUUUUAUUUUAUCGAACAGAAAAGGAGGAGGUUGAGGAUGAUGAAGGUAUGUCUAAUCUAAUCCAAUAAUCGAUGUUUAGAUGUAAUUGUUUCCUUAAAAAAAAUAUGUCUAACGCCUAUGAAGCACAUGUAAAAUGCUUUAUUACGUCCUUUAUAAUGCCUUAUAAUGUACUUAUGUGUUAUGACUGGCUAAGCAUAUACACUGUAAUAACUCAAAAGUGUAAUGUUCCUAUUUUCAGACAAAGAGCCAGACUACAGAGAUGUGACUGUUAGAACAGAUGUUAAAGUCAAAGACCUGUAUGAUGUGGAAGAGCGGCUCGGAACGUGAGUACCCACCUAUAAACAUGUUGGUCAGCAAAGCAUUGAUUUAAUUGUGGUCCUCUGGCUCAGUCAGUUGAGCAUUGCACUUGUAACGCUUGGGUCGUGGUUUCGAUUUCCGCUUGGGGUCCCCAUAUGAACAAAGUAUGCACAACUACUGUACGUCGCCUUGGAUAAAAACUUCUGCUAAAUGGCAUAUAUAUAUAUAUAUAUAUAUAUAUACACAGUGAGGGGAAAAAAGUAUUUGAUCCCCUGUUGAUUUUGUACGUUUGCCCACUGACAAAGAAAUGAUCAGUCUAUAAUUUUAAUGGUAGGUUUAUUUGAAUAGUGAGAGACAGAAUAACAACAAAAAAAUCCAGAAAAACACAUGUCAAAAAUGUUAUAAAUUGAUUUGCAUUUUAAUGAGGGAAAUAAGUAUUUGACCCCCUCUCAAUCAGAACGAUUUCUGGCUCCCAGGUGUCUUUUAUACAGGUAACGAGCUGAGGUUAGGAGCACACUCUUAAAGGGAGUGCUCCUAAUCUCAGCUUGUUACCUAAAUAAAAGACACCUGUCCACAGAAGCAAUCAAUCAAUCAGAUUCCAAACUCUCCACCAUGGCCAAGACCAAAGAACUCUCCAAGGAUGUCAGGGACAAGAUUGUAGACCUACACAAGGCUGGAAUGGGAUACAAAACCAUCGCCAGGCAGCUUGGUGAGAAGGUGACAACAGUUGGUGCGAUUAUUGGCAAAUGGAAGAAACACAAAAGAACUGUCAAUCUCCCUCAGCCUGGGGCUCCAUGCAAGAUCUCACCUUGUGGAGUUGCAAUGAUCAUGAGAACGGUGAGGAAUCAGCUUAGAACUACACGGGAAGAUCUUGUCAAUGAUCUCAAGGCAGCUGGGACCAUAGUCACCAAGGAAACAAUUGGUAACACACUACGCCGUGAAGGACUGAAAUCCUGCAGUGCCCGCAAGGUCCCCCUGCUCAAGAAAGCACAUAUACAUGCCCGUCUGAAGUUUGCCAAUGAACAUCAGAAUAAUUCAGAGGAGAACUGGGUGAAAGUGUUGUGGUCAGAUGAGACCAAAAUGGAGCUCUUUGGCAUCAACUCAACUCGCUGUGUUUGGAGGAGGAGGAAUGCUGCCUAUGACCCCAGGAACACCAGCCCCAUCGUCAAACAUGGAGGUGGAAACAUUAUGCUUUGGGGGUGUUUGUCUGCUAAGGGGACAGGACAACUUCACCGCAUCAAAGGGACGAUGGACGGGGCCAUGUACCGUCAAAUCUUGGGUGAGAACCUCCUUCCCUCAGCCAGGGCAUUGAAAAUGGGUCGUGGAUGGGUAUUCCAGCAUGACAAUGACCCAAAACACACGGCCAAGGCAACAAAGGAGUGGCUCAAGAAGAAGCACAUUAAGGUCCUGGAGUGACCUAGCCAGUCUCCAGACCUUAAUCCCAUAGAAAAUCUGUGGAGGGAGCUGAAGGUUCGAGUUGCCAAACGUCAGCCUCAACCUUAAUGACUUGUUGAAGAUCUGCAAAGAGGAGUGGGACAAAAUCCCUCCUGAGAUGUGUGCAAACCUGGUGGCCAACUACAAGAAACGUCUGACCUCUGUGAUUGCCAGGGUUUUGCCACCAAGUACUAAGUCAUAUUUUGCAGAGGGGUCAAAUACGUAUUUACCUCAUUAAAAUGCAAAUCAAUUUAUAACAUUUUUGACAUGUGUUUUUCUGGAUUUUUUUGUUGUUAUUCUGUCUCUCACUAUUCAAAUAAACCUACCAUUAAAAUUAUAGACUGAUCAUUUCUUUGUCAGUGGGCAAACGUACAAAAUCAGCAGGAGAUCAAAUACUUUUUUCCCUCACUGUAUAUAUAUAUAUAUUUAAAGCAAAGCAUUUAUCUACAUUGACACUUAUCUGUAGUAGGUCUGCUGUGCAUGCCUCUCAUCCAUCCUCUGUAUCAGAUUCCCCAAAAACAUUUUGGUCUUCUAUGUUGUAGGGGGAAAUUCGGACAAGUAUUUAAACUUUUGGAGAAGGCAACGAAAAAGCAUUGGGCUGGAAAGUUUAUCAAAGCCUACUCUGCGAAAGAGAAAGAUAAUGUGAGACAAGAGAUUGCUAUAAUGAACUCCCUCCAUCAUCCCAAGCUUGUCCAGUGCAUUGAUGCCUUCGAAGGCAAGUCAGACAUUGUCAUGGUUUUGGAAAUGUGAGUAUAUUUAAUUUAACUUAUACCUUACAAAGAGUAGAUAUUCAGUUACCCUAUGGGCCCUGGUCAAAAGUAGUGCACUAUAUAAAGAAUAGGUGCCAUUUGGGACACAGGCCUAUUUAGUUUGACUAGAAAUUUCAUUUUAUUUAGCAGACGACAAACUAAUGAGUACAGGUGCAUUUGCAGUUUGAGCUUGAGGAUUUUCACUUGAAAAUUAUCUGAAUAUGAAAAGUGAUAUAACCUUUUAUUUGUUUUCCAUUUCGAACAUCUACGUCUGAAUAUUUUUUUCCAGACAGACACUUCAGACAGACAGAACCAUUGGCUUUUUUAUAUGGUGAUGCUUAGAAAAAGUUAACUUGCCAAAUACUUUAGACAUGUAAACACAUUAGACUGAACCAUUUCCCCUGUUCUUUUCAUAGCAUUAUCAAACAGUUGACUGACACAAGAACACUUGACUCACAUUAAAAACACCAAUUGUCCUUAGUACCAAUUUUAGAUGAUAUGCCUUGUAAGCUGAAAAACUAUAUCCGAGAUACUCUAGAUUUGACAAGUAUGUGGUAUGCAGUGAAUGAUUUUCAUAUUUGGCAGUGAUAUCCAUCUAUAUUGCAGGAUCUCAACCAUCAUUCUCUCUCUACCUCUACAGGAUCUCUGGCGGGGAACUGUUUGAGCGUAUCAUCGAUGAAGACUUUGAGCUGACAGAGAGAGAGGUUAUUAAGUACAUGCUGCAGAUUGUGGACGGGGUCCAUUACAUCCACAAGCAGGGUAUAGUCCAUCUGGACCUGAAGCCUGAGAAUAUCAUGUGUGUCAACAAGACUGGGAGCACCAUCAAACUCAUCGACUUCGGCCUCGCACGCAGACUAGGUAACCAGGCCUCAUGUGCACAAGACAAUUUCAGAAUUAGUUGCAAAAUUCUGGUAACUUUCCCAGAAAUCCUGAUUGGAGGAUUCCCAGAUAUCCUGAUUCCAGAAAUAUUCCAACUGGGAUUUCUGGAAAACUUGGGAAUUUGGGUAAAGUUAUAGGAAUUCUGCAACUCUAUUCCGAAUCGUGACGUUUCUUUUCAAUAAUUAAAAAUGCUAAACACCAACAGUUCAUUCUUGAAACCCUCUUCCCGUGUGUGCUCCUAGAAAACUCUGGAACAUUGAAAGUUCUUUUUGGAACCCCUGAGUUUGUGGCCCCGGAAGUGAUCAACUAUGAAGCAAUCAGUUACCCAACAGACAUGUGGAGUAUAGGAGUCAUCUGCUACAUCCUGUGAGUGUCAAGCAAGUUAGAACUACCAUUAUAAGUACCCUUCUAACUACUCUUAUUUGUAAUGUUUGUGGUAAGCUUCUAUGGUAACACUUUAUUUGGAUAGUCCCAAAUAGAUGGUUUGUAAAUAGUUAAAAUGUUGCUGACAAUUAGUUGAACAAACUAUCCACUAACCUUAAAGGACAACAUUUGGGUUGUUAUUAUGAAGUAUUUACUGAUGUCCUACACAGUUUGUGUAAUUUUAUGAUUUCAUGUCUGACUGUUUAGUGAUGAGCAAAACCGGAAAUUGCUUCUGACGUUUUCCAGUAGGAUCCCUGAGAUGACUAUUACAAUACAUUUUGGACAGUCAAUUAUUAGUGAUCUAUAUAACCCGCCUAUAGUUUUCUGGUCACAUUGGAACUCCCUGUGAUAUGUUGCACUGGUUGUCUAACAUUUGUAAAUAUUUUAAAUAGAGGCUCAAAAACCCAUAUUAUUAUAUUUAUAGUCGGCUUACUCAAAUAUUUUUCUGUUCAAGGCUCAAACUUUAAUGAUUCCAUUCGGCAAAACCACUCCCACCAUCACCGACCAGCCGUCAUUGUGCCUUUUCCAAAUAGCCUAUAUACUUUCGUAUUGAAUGACUUGUAAACGUCAUACUUUUUAUUAAUUCCAAUUGGCCUCCAGUGUUGUUGGAAGGUUGCUUAGACAGUCGCUGAGGCUGUAUUUGUCUGUUAUCAUUGAAAACACUAUUUCAAAUGCAGCAGGUUUAGCUACCUAGCUAGCUAGCAUUGCUAAUGUUUGCACCAAAGACACAGGCUGAGACUAGGAUUCCUUAAUGAUGUGCCUAUACAUUUCAUAGUAAACAUUGUGUUCUUCUAACAGGUCUACAUCUUUGGACUUUUUAAGACAGUCGCUAAGAUGCUGCUGUUAUUGUUGCAAAUACUCUUAUUUUGGAUGUAGCAGUUAUGGUUAGCGUAGCUAGUUAGUAUCAAUUAUUAUUAUUUGUUAGUGGAUUGCAGUUGAUUGGUGACAAUAACAUGAACAUAUAUUCAGCAUGACAUUCAUCCAAGCGUUAUAAUAUAUUUACAACCCAAAAGUAAUGUGAAAUACACUCAUAACUUAUGGCGUAAGCAAUAUAUUUAGACUAAACCUUGUCUGGGCUUGAUAACCAGCCAGCUAAGCUAACAGCAGGGUAACUAGGCGGAGCAUUGCAUCAUGGGAGGAGAAAUGCACCCUGGGAAUCGUAGUAUGCUGUAGGGGAGUGCAAUACAGAAGAUUCAAAAUGUAAAAAACGAGGAAUCGUGCAGUAUGACUAACAAAAAUGAUAAAGCAUCAAUGUGUAUCAAAUCUAACAAUAGGGCAUAUACUCACCGGACAGUUUAUUAGGUACACCCGUCUAGUACCGAGUCGGACCCCCAUUUGCCUCCAGAACAGUCUGAAUUAAGUUGGACAACUGAAUGCAUUCAACUGAAAUGUGUCUUCCGCAUUUAACCCAACCCCUCUGAAUCAGAGAGGUGCGGAGGGCUGCCUUAAUCGACCUUCACUUCUUCUGCGCACGGGGAACAGUGUGUUAACUGCCUUGCUCAGGGGCAGAAUGACAGAUUUUUACCUUGUCAGCUCGGGGAUUCGAUCCAGCAACCUUUCGGUUACUGGCCCAACACUCCUACCCGCCAGUAUACUGCACCGUUAUUUGUCUGUUAGCUUGCAUGAUUCUUGCCAUUCUCCUUCAACCUCUCAUCAACAAGAGGUUUUCGCCCACAGGACUGCCGCUGACUGUAUAUUUUUUGUUUGUCGCACCAUUCUCGGUAAGCCCUAGACACUGUCGUGCGUGAAAUGCCUAGGAGGGCGGCUGUUUCUGAGAUGCACGCCUGGCACCAACUAACAGUAACUGGAUGCCUGUUUACCUGCUUUAUAUAGCAAGCCACGGCCACGUGACUCAUUGUCUGUAGGAACGGGGUGGUGUACCUAAUAAACUGGCCGGUGGGUGUAUACGAACAGCAUAACUGGUUAUAAAGUGGCCAAAUUGUCCUUUAACCCUUAUGCUAACCCUAACUGUAACCCAGCAAGCUGUUGCAGUAAUAGUUGAUAGUUUGAGCAUCUGUAGAUCAUCUAUAGGGGACUAUCCAAAUAAAGUGUGACUGUCUAUUUGUUACAAGGUGUCCCUAAUCUCAAACCAGCUUUAUCAGGUUUCUCUGGGCUUUCAUGCUCUCUGCAACAGACACUUUCCAGCAGCAGGCAGGCAGGCAGGCAGUGUACGGGCCUUUCCAUCCUCUAUGCCUGUAAAUGGAUAUAGAGGAAGAGCACAGCGAUACUCUCCAGUGCCCCAAACCUGUGUGAGAUCUCCUCGGUCCACAAAUAUUUAUUACACACUGCUUACAUAAGUGUUACAAAUUAGGCUCUCCCGUAUCUCCUCUGUUGCUUCACAGAUUCUAGGGAUGCGUCCCAAAUGGCUUCCUAUGUAGUGCACUACUUUUGGCCAAAGCCCUAUGGGAAUAGGGUGCCAUUUGGGAUGCAACCUAGUUUUCAUCCAUCCUGUUCCAGAGUCCUGACUCAAAGUGUACAAGGAGAAUAAAAAGCUUUACUGAUGUACUGACAUACACCUACAGUAUGGAAAACAUCUGGGUGUGCCCAAUGAGACCAGCGGCUUUGUUGAAAUCUAUACUACAAUUUGGCCUUUGAUCAUUUAAAAGUAAGCAGGGUUUAGGGGGCCGGCAGGGUGUGGUGCGCUUUCCAUGCAAAGCAGAAAUGUUUUUUGGUAGACGUUAUUGUGCACCUUUUGUAGGUCAACCAUCACUAUCCUCUCUUUUAUCGCUUUCCCCCUUUCUCUCUCCUCAGCGUGAGUGGCCUGUCCCCAUUCAUGGGGGACAACGACAACGAGACCCUGUCCAACGUGACCUCGGCCACCUGGGACUUUGAAGACGACGCCUUCGAUGAGAUCUCAGACCACGCCAAAGACUUCAUCACCAUGCUGCUGAAGAAAGAUAUGAAGUAAGCACCAUGGUGCUGCUCUCUGAGACACAACAUGAUUAAACACAGGUUGCAUCCCAAAUGGCACCCUAUUACCUACAUAGCGCACUACUUUACCAUAUUUUGCCAUAGAAAGUAUUGCACUAAAUAUGGAAUAGGGUGCCAUUUGGGAUGAAGCCCCAGUUCUGACAUGAUUUGACUGUAAAUGUUGUAGAAUGCUUUGAUCAGCCUGCCAGAUGUCUCUGUUUAGAUUGUUGAGGUGUAAGAUAUACGUUAUUUACAGCCUCAGACUAAACUAAUGGGUUCCUGAUGCUAACGGUUGCCUUUGAUUCAAUGGUUCCUUUCCCAAAUGGCACCAUAUUCCCUGUGUAGUAGACUACUUUCGACCAGGGCUUUGGUCAAAAGUAGUGCACUAUAUAGGGUGCAAUUUGGGACUAUGUCCAAAUCACUAUCUGAUGUGUUGGAAUACAGUGAGAAUGAAGUCUUCAUGCCUCUCGCUCAUGUGGUUCUCUGAUCGUAGGGCCAGACUAACAUGUGAUCAGUGCUAUGAACACCCAUGGCUAAAACAAGACACUGGCAAAAUGGAGGCCAAGAAGCUGUCCAAGGAGAGGAUGAAGAAAUACAUAUUGAGAAGGAAAUGGCAGGUAGGUGCAAGCAGAACAGAUCAUGGGCUGUGUCCCAUAGGGCUCUGGUCAAAAGUAGUCCACUAUAAAGGUAACAGGGUGUCAUUUGGGAUGCACACCAUUUCUCAUGUUACAGUGCAACAUAUGGCCAUCCAUCUUUAACAGUAGGGCUUUGCUCAGCAGCAUAAAAUAGUUUAAAAGAGAAACAACAAGACAAGCACUGUAGUACGGCACAGUAUAUGAAUCAUCCAAAACAUGUGCGUUUGAGAAUGGUAUAUAGAAUUCUGCUAUAGGAGAGGCUACUGAAAUUGUUGACUUGCCUCAUCUAGCCUACUCGAUGAGCUUCCAAGUUGGUUAUGACAAGUGAAUCUCACUAAGUCCCUGCAGUUCAACUCAUUCUCUGAGUGCUCACACAUGAAUAGACCUCUCAUUGUACUACACAGUCACCAUGGAGGUCCAUAAGAAUUUCAUGAGGUUGAAAAGUACAAACCGCAAGCAUUACGUUGGAAAACUAGAGCACAAAACAGUAGAGAUGGUGAAAGUUGAGAGAUGUCCUUUUUUUGUCCUUUGACCUGUAUUUUGAACUGAAUUUACAAAUCCUGAAGGCAACAAUCUCAGGGAUCAAGUUAUCCAGCUUUGGUUGUAGUAGCGAGCAUAGUUUUAGGAUCAUAGGCUGUGUGUGUGUGUGUGUGUCCCAAAUGGCACCCUAUACCAUAUAUAGGGCACUACUAUAGACCAGCUCUGGUCAAAAGUAGUGCACUAUAAAGGGGAUAGGGUGCUAUUUGGGACGCAACCCUAGUCUGUACUUCAUGGCCAACUAACAGGAAAUGUCAAAUUGAUACAAACGAGCCCAUUUAUUCAUAAGAUUGCAGUACAAACAUUUCUGGAGGAUGUAAUUGUCUCCUAGGCCAAGGACUGUUUGUACUGCUCAGACAUGUAACGAUUACAUCAUUGAUUUCAUGGCAGAAAACGGGACAUGCAGUGCGGGCCAUCGGAAGACUGUCGUCCAUGGCGAUGUUGGCAGGUGUCAGUGCCAAGAAGGGCUCCCCUAACGAAGGUGGCAUGGCAACUGUUUUUUUUUACUUCAUGAAUGUUCUAAACCUUUGUUGUACCCCUGAGCAGGGGAUGGCACUCAGCUUGGGGUGUUUGUUUUAUUAAUGCCACUCUGCAAAUAUUUGCCCUCAUUUUUUGGAGCACUUUGGUUGGUACACUAGGUGGUGCUACCAAGGGAGCUGCUGCUCCUAUUCAAACUCAAAGCAGCACUCUGCACCACUUUUUGGUUUUUAAGUUCAAUUUGAGGCUAAAACAAUGUCAUUAAAAAAUAUAUAAAUAUUGUCCCAUAUUUCGCAGAGGACAACCAGUUCCUGGAGUCUGAGGAGAAAACCCAGGUCAAGCCCACCUUCAGUUCUGUGAUAAAGGAUGUCGAGGUGGUGGAGGGGAGCGCAGCCAGAUUUGACUGCAAGAUUGAGGGUAAUGUCUCACAAACUCCUCAUUUAUAUAUACUUACAUCAUGGCCUCCUAAUUUACAUAUACAUGCAUCACAAGUGCUGUAUCCAUUCAUCUGCCAUGAAGUACAUAAACCAAACAGAAGGAAGGCAAAUAUGGUUUGAUGAAGCAGCACACAUAGUGUAAGCUUUGCGCUCUAUGGUUGUCCAUAGAUGUAAUCUGUUCGAUCUCAUUCAUAUUUCUAAUACUACCUACAUCCUAUGAAUAUCCAUUGAGACACAGCCUGCAUCCCAAAAUGGCACCUGAUUCCCUAUAUGCUGUUCAUUAAAAUAAGAAUGCUGUUCAUUGACUACAGCUCAGCCUUCAACACCAUAGUGCCCUCUAAGCUCCUCACUAAGCUCAGGGCCCUGGGUCUGAACCCCUCCCUGUGCACCUGGAUCCUAGACUUCCUGGCGGGCCAACCCCAGGUGGGGAAGGUAGGCAACAACACCUCCGCCACGCUGAUCCUCAACACAGGGGUGUGUGCUCAGCACCCCUCCUGUACUCCCUGUUCUCCAACGCGAUCAUCAAGUUUGCUGAUGACACAAGUGGUAGGGAGGAGGUGAGAGUCCUGGUAGAGUGGUGGCAGGAAAAUAACCUUUCCCUCAAUGUCUACAAAAUGAAGGAGCUGAUCGUGGACUACAAGACAGCAGAAAGAGCACAUCCAUCCACAUCGACAGGCUGCAGUGGAUAGGGUCAAAAGCUUAAAGCUCUUCGGCGUGCACAUCACUGGGUGAUUCUAAUGAAACCAGUGUUAACCAUGGCAGUAGCAAAUUGAGUUAGAAAACCAUGAUUCAUCUGCAACAAUCAACUAUCAUGCUGAAGAGUAAGAUACCUAGUUUAUGGCACAGUGUCUUAUUUUAAAUACAUUUAACAUUUUUGCUGUAAUUAAACAUUUCACCCCAAAUUCUCAUUACUGAAAUGCAUCAGGAUUAAAUUAUCGGGUCAUUUUAUAUAAUUUUACUUUAGAAAAACCUAACUUAAUAAUAUAACACAAAUGAUGUUGCUGUAGUUUGUCCAUAAAUCAUAAAGAUUGUAUACUACUAGUUGAAGUUUACAUUAAACUAUAAUAUUUGUUAUGUAAAAACAACUUUUUCAAGUUGCUGUAAAAAAUUAUCGUUUUAUUCACGUAUGAUGCAUAAUCUAGUGGAGUAGUCCUUAAAUGAGCUAGUUAAUAUCUUCACUUAUAUGCCUUCAGAAUGAGGAUCUUAUUCUCAAUGACCCCCUUUACGACACUUGACCUUCUCAUUACCAAAAUGACUAAAGCUCAAAUUGGGAAAAACGUAGAGAACCAUUACCUUACCAACAUGGAGGCAUGAAUGGGCUUUAGUGAUGUGGUCAAUUGUUUGUUGAAUCAGAACAAAUUAACUUUUUUUUAAAUUCAGUGUUAUGUUUAAUUCGGCCCUUUUCAUUAGGUGAACAAUGUAAAAAAAAUGUUUUGUUUACUUUUUUGGACUUUUUUUGGUAGUUGUGGAAAUUGUGGUAAAAUGCAUAAUAUCAGAUCAAUAAACGUAACAAUAAUUCUGAAAUGGCAAUUGCACUGCCCGCAACCGCAGGGCUUUGGCUUUGCAGAGGGUAGUGCAGUCAGCCCAACGCAUCAUGGGGGGCACACUACCUGCCCUACAGGACAUCUACAGUACCCAGUGUCAUGGGAAGGCCAAGAAGAUCAUCAAGGACCUUAGCCACCCGAGCAACGGCCUGUUCACCCUGCUACCAUCUAGAACAGUGGUCACCAAACUACGGCCCGCGGGCCGGAUACGGCCCGUCAGCACAUUUGGCCCGGCCCUCUGAACAAUACCAGAGACGCUAUCGGAUUUUUUUUCCUAUUUGGCCUCCAGAAAAAAAAUCCUAGGCCCGGCCCUGUCAAAGAGAGAACGGAAUAAUGGCGAAAAGGUUAGGUAAGAGAAAAAGUGGACUACUAUCUCAGCAGAAUACAUUUGUACGCCAAGCUCAGCUGAACCAGGCAUCCGUUCGGGCCAGCUUUCGGGUUGCUAAACUGAUAGCAAGCAGCGGUAAGCCUUUCACUGAUGGAGAGUUUGUUAAGAAAUGUAUGGAUGCUGUCGCGGAGGAGGUGUGUCCCGAGAAGAAAGAUGCAUUUAAUGCCGUAAGUCUGUCGGCGAGUACAAUCACCAGACGCGUUGAAGAAAUCGGGAGUAAUGUAUAUGCCCAGCUGCAGCAGAAGACGAAAGAAUUUGACUUUUUUUCAUUAGCACUGGAUGAGAGCACGGACGUGCAAGACACAGCGCAAUUGCUCAUUUUUAUUCGUGGAGUUAGCGCAAACUUUGAGAUAUGCGAGGAGCUGGCAGCCCUCCAAAGUCUCAAAGGGACUACAACGGGAGAGGAUAUUUUUGACAAAGUGUGCCAAACCAUGGAGAAGUUGGACCUGGACUGGUCAAAGCUAGCUAGCAUCACGACUGACGGGGCUCCUAGCAUGGUGGGCGAAACUCGCGGUCUAAUAGGACGCAUGAACCGGGAGUUGGAAAAAAGGGGUCUCACCGCCCCGCUACGAGUCCACUGCCUAAUUCACCAGCAAGCACUGUGCUGCAAAGUGUUGACGUGGGAUUCUGUAAUGAAGGUUGUGGUGUCGUGCAUAAACUUCAUCAGAGCAAAGGGACUUAAACACAGGCAGUUCCAAGAAUUCCUGUCUGAACUGGAGUCUACGCACGGAGAUGUGCUGUACUACACAGAGGUCCGAUGGCUGAGCCGGGGCAGAGUUUUGAGGCGUUUUUACGAGCUGCUACCCGAAAUUAACGCAUUUCUUCAUUUAAAAGACAAAACGGUCCCAGAGCUGAUCGACCCAGAAUGGAAAUGGCACCUCGCAUUUUUAACAGACGUGACAGAAAUACUUAACAGCCUUAACUUGCAGCUACAAGGCGAGGGGAAACUCAUUUGCGACAUGUAUUCACACAUAAAAGCAUUUGAGGUGAAAUUAGCGCUGCUUUUGGAACAAGUGAAAAAGCGCAACUUCGUCCAUCUUCCUGCUACCCAAAACCUGUCGACAGAGAACCCAGCGGUCCCGUUCCCAGCUGAAAAGUGCGUGGAAGCACUGGAAAUGCUGAAGGCGGAGUUCGGUGUGCGAUUCAGUGAACUACAUGUUCAUGCAAAAGAAAUCCGUCUUUUUCAGAACCCCUUUGUUGCCGACAUUGAUGAAGCCCAGCCUUCAUAUCAGUUUGAGUUGGCUGAGUUACAGAACUGUGAUGUUCUGAAAGACGCAUUCAAGCCCAACAGUCUCAUUGACUUCUAUGCCGCCCUCCCAAACGACACAUAUCCAAACAUCAAAAAACACGCAAUGAAAAUGUCCACAGUUUUUGGCAGCACGUAUAUCUGCGAGAAAACCUUUUCUCGCAUGAAACUGCUGAAAACUCCGAUGAGAUCAAGAUUGACAGAUGAACAUUUGCAUCAGUGCUUGAGACUGGCUGUAACUAGAAUGGAACCUGAUAUUCAACUUCUCACCAGCCAGAUGCAGGCCCACAGUUCACACUGAUGAACAUACAUAGGUAAGCUCACUUUUCUGACUUGAAUGAGUCAUUCUGAGCAUAAACAAAUAUAAUCAUAAUAAAAUCUACUGGGAUAAAAUCCAUCUUUACAACCAUACUGGUAGUGAAAUGUAUUGUGCUGUGUAGGUGCUGUAUCACUUAGUUCAGUUUCUCAACCUGCUUCCUUUGUGGUUUUCACAGGGAAGUUGAUGAGAGAGAGCUGCAAACAGCGGUGUCUACAAGCCUACUGGAACCUACAAAAGGAUUAUAAGGAAGGAACACAAGAACUUUAAGAGACUGCUCAUAUGUGUCAGAGAGAUUCUGCUCUGACAACUGAGCUGAACUUUUAUCUGUUAAGAUUGUGCAUGGCACAACAGAAAGUUAAUGUUCCAUGGCUUUUUUUUCUAUGAAGAACCCAGAGAGAGUUAUUUAGUUAUUAUUUAUUUCAUAAAUAGUGUUAUUUAUUUCCUGUUUUUUCUGUGAAGAACUCAGAGAGGGUUAUUUAGUUAUUAUUUAUUUCAUUAAUAGUGUUAUUAUUUGUUUCCUGACUUUUUUUCUGUAAAGAACCUGGAAAGGGUUAUUUGGUUAUGUGUGGCUUUCUGGAAAACAAUAAAUGUUUUAAGCUCCCCUACGAUCGUCACACUUUUUCUGUUACAAACUGACACCGGCCCCCCAUCAGAGAAGGGAAAAGUUAUGUGGCCCUCACAGGAAAAAGUUUGGGGACCCCUGAUCUAGAAGGUGGAGACUGUAUAGGUGCAUCGAAGCUGGGGCUGGGAGACCGAAGCUGUUCAUCAAUCUCCGGGCCAUCAGACUGUUAAACAGUCACCACUAGCCGGCCUCCACCCAGUACCCUGUCCUGAACCUUAGACACUCACUAGCCGGCUACCAUCCGCUAAACUGUGUACGCGACCAAUUAACUUUGAUUUUAUUUAUAUAGUGCAUUACUUUUGACCAGAGUCCUAUGGGCCUGGGUCAAAAGUAGUGCACAGGGAAUAAGGUGCCAUUUGAGGCGCAACCAAAGUAUAAAGAUGGUCUGUAUUUUGUGGUUCCCAGGCUACCCUGAUCCAGAGGUGGUGUGGUACAAAGACGAACAGCCCAUCAAAGAGACGCGCCACUUCCAGAUCGAUUACGACGAGGAGGGCAACUGCAGCCUGGUGAUCUCUGAGGUGAACGGCGAUGAUGAUGCCAAAUACACCGUCAAGGCUGUCAACAGUCUGGGUGAGGCCACGUGCACAGCUGAACUCCUGGUGGAGGUGAUGGCGGGGGAGGAGGAGGAGGAGGAGGAGGAGGAGGAGGAGGAGGAAGAAGAGGAA